CUGAAGGCAUGGUGGAGGCCGAAGCCAUGGUGGUGCUCCCCACCUGCCUGGAGGAUCCCCCUGCCUUCACCCCACCGUCUCCUGAGGAGGAGGAGGAGGAAGACGACGAGCCCUUCAUCCCGCCGGAGGAGGAGGAGGAGGAUGAUGAUGAUGGGCAGACACCAGAGGAAGAGGAGGAUGAGGAGUGGGAGAUGUCGGGGGGCGAGGGGCUGCCUGGCAUGGGCCUGAUCCCGGCGGCGCUGCUGCCCUUCCGCGGCAGCCUGCUCUUCCAGGCCGAGGCGGUGGAGAUCACCCCGCUGCCCCUUGGCGCAGCCCCCCUGCCCCUCUCCGGCGAGGAAGAGGAGGAUGAGGAGGAGGAGGAAGAGGAAGAAGAAGAAGAGGGCGGCAGCACCUCGGCCUCCUUCCUGCGCUCGCUGUCGGAGACCUCCAUCACCGAAGGAGUGGACGAGUCCUUCGCCUUCCGUGACGACACCUCCGCCUCCUCCGACUCGGCCGCCUACGAUGGCGAAGAGGACGAGCGGCUCUACGGCACCGAGCACCACGCCGUGGGUGCUGAGGGGGGGCCCCCCGGCACUGCCACCGCUCCCCCCGGCACCGAUGCCUCUGGGGACGGCGACAUCGAGCUCCACCUUCAUGCCGGGACGGCCCUGGCCAGCUCUCCUUCACCGGAGGGGUCCCCCGGCACUGCCAUGGCGAGGAGCCGUGCCGAGCAGAUGGAGCCGGGGAUGCAGGAGCGGGACGGCAGCGAGACCCCCCCAGCACCCUCUGGAGAAGAUGGUGUGGAGCUGGAUGGCGAGACCUUCCUCACCUCCUCCUCUUCCUCCUCAGAGCUGGAGGAGGCCUCAGCCCUGGAGCCCGAUGUCCCAUGGGAGCCAGACCCUGUCCCGGGGGAGUGUCCCCCGCCAGAGCCCCCCCAGCUCCCGGAGGAGCCGGCAGUGAUGCUGGGUGCUGAGGAGGAGCCAGUGGUGAAGGAUGAUUCCGGCAUGGCAGUGCUGGGAGAAGGGCCCGGCACGGAGCCAGCGGCGAGUGGCAGCGUCCUCCAGCCCCCCGGCCUCUGCUCUGGGGAGCCCAGGGAGCCCCAAACCGACAGGCUGGGGGGGGAUGAUGUGGCACCGGCCAACGGGGAGCCCCAGGGCGGCCCUGGGAGUGACGGUGAUGAUGAUGGUGACAGUGACCAUGAGCUUGGCACCGUGAGAGUGGGGAGCACCGAGCCAGCAGCCACUGAUGGCCACGAUGAGCCGGACACCACGGCUGCUGACCUGGUGCCGUCGGUGACGCCCAGCCCACCAAAUGAGCCGGACACCACGGCUGCUGACCUGGUGCCGUCGGUGACGCCCAGCCCACCAAAUGAGCCGGACACCACGGCUGCUGACCUGGUGCCGUCGGUGACGCCCAGCCCACCAAAUGAGCUGGACACCAUGGCUGCUGACCUGGUGCCAUCGGUGAUGCCCAGCCCACCAAAUGAGCCGGACACCACGGCUGCUGACCUGGUGAUGCCCAGCCUGCCAGACGAGCAAGACACCAUGGCUGCCGACCUGGUGCCAUCAGUGACGCCCAGUCUGCCGGACGAGCCAGACACCGUGGCUGCCGACCUGGUGCCAUCGGUGACACCCAGUCUGCCGGAUGAGCCGGACACAGUGGCUGCUGACCUGGUGCCAUCGGUGACGCCCAGUCUGCCGGAUGAGCCGGACACCGCAGCCACUGACCUGGUGCUAUCGGUGACGCCCAGUGUCCCGGAUGAGCCAGACACCGUGGCUGCUGACCUGGUGCCAUUGGUGAUGCCCAGCCUGCCAGAUGAGCCAGACACCAUGGCUGCCAACCUGGUGCUAUCGGUGAUGCCUAGUCUGCCGGAUGAGCCAGACACCACGGCUGCUGACCUGGUGCUAUCGGUGACGCCCAGCCCACCAAACGAGCCGGACACCACGGCUGCUGACCUGGUGCCGUCGGUGACGCCCAGCCCACCAAACGAGCCGGACACCACGGCUGCUGACCUGGUGCUGUCGGUGACGCCCAGCCCACCAAACGAGCCGGACACCGCGGCUGCUGACCUGGUGCUAUCAGUGAUGCCCAGCCCACCAAACGAGCCGGACACUGUGGCUGCUGACUCAGUGCCAUCAGUGAUGCCCAGUCUGCUGGACGAGCCGGACACCAUGGCCGCCAACCUGGUGCCAUCGGUGACUCCCAGCCCACCAAAUGAGCCGGACACCGCAGCCGCUGACCUGAUGCUAUCAGUGACACCCAGCCUGCCAGAUGAGCCAGACAGCAUGGCCACAGGCCUGGUGCCAUUGGUGACACCCAGCCUGCUGGAUGAGCCGGACACCGUGGCUGCUGACCUGGUGCCAUCGGUGACGCCCAGCCCGCCAGAUGAGCCGGACACUGUGGCCGCCGACGUGGUGCCAUCGGUGACGCCCAGCCCGCCGGAUGAGCUAGACACUGUGGCCGCCAACAUGGUGCCAUCAGUGAUGCCCAGCCCGCCGGACGAGCCGGACACCGCAGCCAUAGGCCUGGUGCCAUCGGUGACACCCAGUCUGCCGGACGAGCCGGACACUGUGGCCGCUGACCUGGUGCCAUCGGUGACACCCAGUCUGCCGGACGAGCCGGACACUGUGGCCGCUGACCUGGUGCCAUCGGUGACACCCAGUCUGCCGGACGAGCCGGACACCACAUCCACUGACCCCAACCUGGUGCCGUCGGUGACACCCAGCCCGCCAGACAGCGUUACGGCACCGUCCCCCCCGCCGCGGGACGCGUCCCCCUCCGAUGCCGGCGAGGAGCUGAUGGAUGGGGUGGCCUCGGCUGGCAAGUCCCUGGAGCCACCAGCGACCGCGUGUCCCACGGUGCAGGGGACGAUGGCACGUCCCCCCGGGGAUGUCAGCGAAGCCCCCGAGGAGUGGGACGCCGCCACCGCCUCCUCUGAGGAGUCGUCCCCGGAGCUGCUGGAGACCUCGCGCUCCCGCACUGACUCCAGCUUCUUCACCGCCCCCGAGGACAGCGCGGGGGAGGCGGCCGCUGCCCCCCCAGACCCCCAUCUUCUGACGAGGAAGAGGAAGAGGAGGAUGCUUGGGGGAUGCUCAGCCGGAGCCCCCCCGGAGCCCGCUGGGGAAGCAGCACCCCAAGCCCCCCCUGAACCCCCCAGCCCGCCGCCAGCUCCCUGCCCUCCGCUCCCCAAACUCAGCCAAGUGCCUCCUCUCGCCGCCGCGCCGUCACCGCCGUCGCCAUCACCGUGCCCGGAUCCGGCCCGCGGCCCCCAGGACACCUCAGGGCUCCCCGCCGGCGAGGAGCGUCCGUCUGUCCUGCCGCCCUCCAGGAAGCACCUCGAGGCCCCCCAGCCCUCCCCACGCAAGGAGAAGGAGGCCCGAGGCAGGCAGGCAGGGACGGGCAGCGCAGGCAGCCGGGGGCCCCCCCGGGGGUCCCUGCAGUCGGAGUCGAGCUCCUCCAGCGAGGCGGAGGCUCCGUACCCCUGCCCCGAGAUCCAGCGCCUGCGGGAAGCCGCCGGCAUCGCCCUGCGCCAGGACAAGCAGCCCCCGGCCCCCCGCCGCUGCGAGGCCAACCAUAAAGGGUCGUGUAACGAGUCGGAGAGUAACGACGAGUCCAUCCCCGAGCUGGAGGAGCCCGAGGGCUCGGAGCCGCCACCGGCCCAGACCCAGGCACAGCUCACCCACUCGCUGGGCACCGGGGAGGAGACGGUCAGCAAGGCAAAGCAGAGCCGGAGCGAGAAGAAGGCCAGGAAGGCCAUGUCCAAGCUGGGGCUGAGGCAGAUCCACGGCGUCACCCGCAUCACCAUCCGCAAGUCCAAGAACAUCCUCUUUGUCAUCACCAAACCCGACGUCUUCAAGAGCCCCGCGUCCGACAUCUACAUCGUCUUCGGGGAAGCCAAGAUCGAGGACCUGUCGCAGCAAGUGCACAAGGCGGCGGCAGAGAAGUUCAAGGUGCCGAUGGAGCACUCGCCCCUGAUCACGGAGACGGCCCCCACCCUCACCAUCAAGGAGGAGAGCGAGGAGGAGGAGGAGGUGGACGAGACGGGGCUGGAGGUGAGGGACAUCGAGCUGGUGAUGGCCCAGGCCAACGUCUCGCGCCCCAAAGCCGUGCGGGCGCUUCGGCACAACAACAACGACAUCGUCAACGCCAUCAUGGAGCUGACCAUGUAGCGGCUGGGGGUGUCCCAGCCCCCCCUGUAUAGAUGCACAGUUACUCCCCGCCCCCCCCAAAUCCUUCCUCUAGACCCCCCCGUACUCCUCCUCUGCGUCUGUAACGCUCAAUAAACGGCCUCAUGUAUCACUUG